AUGCACAUGUAUCCAGAUUCAAGAAACAAAAAUGAGGAUACAUUUGUAUAUGACUAUGUACAUGACGCUUUUAAAGAAAUGUUCCGUGAUCCGAAUUAUGAGAUUAUAUGGAAAAACACUGAAAGUCUAUCUUCAAGAGAGCACCGAAUGACUUACGGAUGUUCCAAAGGCAGAAAACCGGAUAUUACAAUAUAUCGAGUUAUGAAAAAGGCGAAAAGGAAGAAACAUAUGAAGUUGAACGUGAAGAAACAUGCUUCGUAG